CGUUGAUGACGCGUCUUGAUUCGCUUCGUUCGAUUUCUCCAGCUGACUGAUCAGGCUGAGAAACGAGGAGCGGGUCUGCACCUUCAGAGACAAACAGGAGCAGCAGAAGAAGAGGAAGGAAAUAAAGUGAGAGAGAUGAGGAGGAGUGGCGUCGGCGAGUAACGGAAGAAUCGGAUAAAAAGGAGUCUCCGUUCGCAUGGUCAUGUAGUUGGGUGUCUAUUGGCCUUUAGGCCAUGGCUGUCCAUGUGAGAAGGGAAUCUGAGCAGAAGAAGAGGAGACAGUGAAGAGUUUAACACACGGCAUGGCCUCCGACAAAGAGGACGGUAGUGAUGGUAGUCUGCAGCACAUUAAAGAAGAGGAUUGUGAGUGGGGCGCGCCAGAGGAACUGGAAGAUCCUGAAAGAAGAAUUCCACUUUUGAAAGAGGAGGAGACCAAGGAGGAGAUUGUUGAGGUUAAAGUCGAGGAUUUCUACUUUAGACUGAAAGUGGACAACCAUGAAGCUGGGAAUCUUUUCAAACGGGAUAUCUGCGAAGAAUCUCACUGCAGUUUACUGCCCUGUUUCACUAAUGCAGGACAACGGCUGAAAUCGGAGUUACCUGUGAUGGAAGAGAAAACCGACGAGGGACAUGGCAGAGAAGAAGAAGAAGAGCAGAAGUCCCCUUGGAGUGUUAGAAUGAAUUUACAUGAGAAUGGCAGCCUUUCACCAUCUUCACUUGCUCAGCCCUCUCUUCACUGCAGAGUGCAACAGGACCAGGAGGAGGAGAAGAACUCAACAAGAGGAUCCGAAGGUUUGACUCCAGUCUGUUUCGAGUUUAGUUCCUUUUCUGCUGCCAAACAAGAUCAGACAGCAGCUAUCAACCCUGAUCAACAACAACUGUAUAGUACAGAUGAAGAGGCCUUGUAUGCCAGCAGACAAUGGAGAAAAUGUUUCAAAAACACUCCUGACUGUAAAGACCAUGAGUCCAUUCACCCAAAGCGAAAGCAACACGUCUGUUCUGAAUGUGGUAAACUCUACUCGAGCAGCAGCGCUCUUCACAAACACAAAAGGAUUCACACGGGUGAGAAGCCCCACCGCUGCUCUGAAUGUGGCAAACAGUUCUCUUACAAGAACGGCCUUCAAAGACAUAUGAGAAUCCACACGGGAGAGAAGCCGUACGGCUGUGCUGAAUGUGGCAAACGAUUCUCUGACAGUAGCCCUCUUCAGCUGCACAUACGGAUUCACACUGGAGAGAAGCCCUACUGCUGUUCUGAAUGCGGCAGGAGAUUCCCGUUUAAGAGCAGCCUUCAGAAUCACAUCAGAAGUCACACCGGAGAGAAGCCAUACGGCUGUCCUGAAUGUGGCAAAAGGUUUGCCACCAUUAGCACUCUUCAGUGCCAUGCAAGAAUCCAUACAGGAGAGAAGCCAUAUUCCUGUUCUGAAUGUGGCAAACGAUUCUCCCAUAACUGCAGUCUGCAAAGACACACAAGAAUCCACACCGGAGAGAAGCCAUUCGGCUGUUCCGAAUGUGGCAAACAAUUCUCCGACAGUAGCAGUCUUCAGAAACACAAAAGAACCCACACUGGAUGGAAGCCCCACUGUUGUUCUGAAUGUGGCAAACGAUUCUUAGUACCAAGUAAUCUGCAGAGGCAUGAAAGAAUCCACACUGGAGAGAAACCUUUUUCUUGUUCUGAAUGUGGGAAACGAUUUGCUUUCAGUAGCUCUCUUCAGCGUCACACAGUGAUUCAUACUGGGGAAAAGUCACAUUGCUGUUCUGAAUGUGGCAAGCAAUUCUCACAACUUGGCCAUCUUCAGAGGCACAAAAAAAUCCACACUGGAGAAAAACCUUAUUGCUGUUCAGAGUGUGGCAAGCGAUUCUCUGACACCAGCAGUUUUCGACAGCAUACCCAAAUGCAUGCUGGAAUGCAACCAUAUAGCUGUUCUGAAUGUGGUAAACGAUUCUCAAAAGUAAGCCAUUUUAAUAGCCACAAUAGAAUCCAUAAUGGAGAAAAACCUUUUUGUUGUUUUCAAUGUGGCAAAAGAUUCUCUGAUAAAAGUUCUCUUCGGUAUCACACACUAAUGCAUACUGGAGAGAAACCAUUUGUCUGUUCUGAAUGUGGCAAACGAUUCUCACAUCCAAGUCAUCUUCAGAGGCAUAAAAGAACCCACACUGGAGAGAAACCUCAUUGCUGUUCUGAAUGUGGCAAACAAUUUUCAAUACUAAGCAAUCUUCAGAGGCACACAAGAACCCACUUUGGAGAGGAGAAAAAAAACAGUAGCAAAAUACCAAGAAAUGCCAAAUGUGGGACAUAAAAACAGAAAUAGUGCCUUUUCUAGGGUCAAUGGGACUAAUAAAGAGAAACGUUCAUGCCCAUCUUGACAUACCACCAGUUACAAUAACUCCUUAUGAACUGCAAGAAGAAGCCUUAUUAGGAACAAUGCAGGUCCAAUGGUGAGCCCUCGUGGCAAACUUAAGAGACUGAGAAAUUAAUCCUUGCAAUUAGACUAUCCUGACUAAAGGUGAGAUUCACUCCUGUUCUGAUAGUAAUUGCACCAGGAACACCCGAGAGAGAGAGAGGCCAUAUUGCUGCUCCGAUUGUGGUAAAAGAUAUGCCAGUUUAUUUAAACGUACAAAAAUCCACACUGGAGGGAAAACCUGAUUGUUGUUCUGAAUAUGAUAUACAAUUUUCAGUUUUACGUGGGCUUCGUCGACACUCACGACUUUACGCUGGACAUAAUGCGGUCCUGAGGAGUCCUGACUACUGUGGUUUUGAUGUGGAACUUCAGGUGGUCGACUCCAUUGUGUAAUCAAUCUGUUACUACUUUCUUACUAUGAAAUUAUGAUAAACUAGGGGACUGUGCUGCCUGCUCGCUUUGCUCGCCGACCCUCUGCCCGACACUACACAAUUGCGUCUAUACAGAUCUGCAGCUCUCGUAUGGUGCGUACAAUUUAAAGAGAUUGUUAUUUUCAUGGGAAUUGUUGCAUAUGCAUAAAAAAAGUAACUAUUUUACAUUACAU